UUCCAAAUGUCACGCAUGCGUAUUGCAAAUGUCGCGCAUGCGUAUUCCAAAGAUCACGCAUGCGUAUUGCAAAUGUCGCGCAUGCGCCACGACUCAACUACGCAGGCGUCCAUCUCCCCUAGCGUCAUUCUUCAGUAUACCAAGCAACAGUUCGGAGGUUAGCGUUGCGUGUGAUAUUCCUGUUUGUUGUUUUCAUAGUUUUGAAUUUAUAACCUAUCAAAGGUCUCGAAACUGAUUGAGUAGCAUUCCGACCAACUGAAAUCGACGUUAUGACGAAUGAAACGCCUGCCGUCCAAGAAUUCAAACUCGAUCCCGACUGCGAGUUGCGGUUCGAGGUCGAGAGCAAGAACGAUAAGGUGACACUCGAGCUGAAAUCGGGUCUAGCAGAAGUCUUUGGCACAGAGCUGGUGAAAAACAAGAAAUAUAACUUCGGCUUCGGUGCUAAAGUGGCGAUAUUCACGUGGCAAGGAUGUACCCUGGAGAUAACGGGUAAAACAGACGUGAGUUACAUCGCAAAAGAGACGCCAAUGGGUAUCUACUUGAAUUGUCACGCGGCGAUGGAGCGAAUGCGAGACGCAGCUGAGAAAAAGGACUCGAGGGGUCCAAUUACGAUGGUAGUGGGUCCCUCAGACGUGGGUAAAUCAACUCUGUGUAGAAUCCUCUUGAAUUACGGUGUGAGAAUGGGAAGACGCCCCAUAUUCGUCGACCUGGACGUUGGUCAGGGUCACAUAGCAGUACCUGGUACCCUUGGGGCACUUCUGGUGGAGAGGCCCUCAAACGUUGUCGAGGGAUUCUCUCAGCAGGCACCCCUUGUCUUCCACUUUGGUCACAAAUCUCCAAGUAGCAAUAUCGCCCUCUACAAUCUCCUGGUGACGAGGCUGGCUGAGGUAUGCGCUGACAGACUCCAGGCGAACAAGAAGGCCAAAGCAUCGGGUAUUGUUAUCAAUACAUGUGGAUGGGUCAAGGGCGGUGGCUAUAAACUUCUCACACACGCUGCACAAGCAUUCGAGGUCGAUGCCAUUCUUGUUCUGGAUCAGGAGAGGCUCUACAACGAACUCGUCAGGGGAAUGCCGGAAUUCGUCAAGGUUGUGUUUUUACCUAAGAGUGGAGGAGUCGUCGAGAGGAGUCAGACGAUGAGGAGUGAGUCACGGGAUCAGAGGGUCAGGGAGUACUUCUAUGGAUCCAAGACUCCACUUUAUCCGCACAGCUUUGAGGUGAAGUGGAGUGAAGCUAGGAUUUAUAAAAUUGGAGCUCCUGUUCUACCUGCAUCGUGCAUGCCUCUUGGAAUGAAGGCUGAGGACAAUCUCACUAAGCUCGUUGCUGUCACACCUGGACCCAGUCUUCUUCAUCAUCUACUGUCCGUUUCUUUUGCUGAUUCUCCUGAAGAUGACGUCGUGCAGACUAACGUCGCUGGAUUCGUCUGUGUGACGAACGUAGAUGUCGACAGGCAGACGAUCACAGUCCUGAGUCCCCAGCCUCGACCUCUGCCCAACACAGUUCUUCUGCUCUCGGAUAUUCAGUUUAUGGACAGCCACUGACAGGCGUUAUUGUACAUAAUUAUUUAAUUGUAAAUUGAAAAUGAAAAUCAUGAAUUUUUGUACGAAGCUAAACCU